AUUCCUAUGGCAGCACAUGCUUGAGGCUCUAUCCCCAGGGUGAUAGAGAUGUCUGUCCAUAUCUAUCUCCAAGGUUAGUCUGUAAAUGUGUGGUGUUAGCAAAGCAGGCUGAGUUCUGGGCUGGUUGUAGAAGGAGAAAGAAGCCCAGAGGCCAGUGCAAGCAGGCAGCCCUGAGCUUGCACAUGAUGUCCCCUCCCUGCAGGUUCCUGUCCUUGAGCCCAGGCCCUGAGGUGAGGCUGAGAAGUGGCGCGGAGGUGAGCCCAGAGCUGUCCCUGAGGUGAGGCUGAGAAUAAGUGCAAGGCAGAGGUGCUGCUGAGGAAGGAGAGCCCCGUGGUGGGGAAGAGGGCAAAGCUGUGAAUGCCCAUCCCCGAGAAGGUGCUGUGUCCAUCCCCUGUGUGCCAGGAUUUGUCCUUCCCAAAGCUUGGCCAGAUGAAGGAGACUGAGAGGAAGAGGAAGAUGCCUUGGGCCCCCCAGGCAGGCCCCGAGCUGAGGACGGAGAGCCCGGAGGACAAAUCCCCCCGUGAGACCCUGGUGGGAGAGGCCGUUUUGAAGGGCUCCCCAGUGCAGGAAGGCAGCGGGGAGGAAAAGGGCCGGAGAUCCCCCCACAGGAGGGGCUCCAAAGCCAUCCCAGGGUGCUCUGAGGAGGAAAGAGCCAGCCUGUGCCGGGAAGGCGGCCGGAGCUUGAGGGGGAGCUCUGACCUGGAGAUCCCUGAGCAGCCUCCCAGCAGGGAGAAGCCCUUCAGGUGCUUGGAAUGUGGGAAAAGCUUCAGGAAGAGCUCCCACCUCCUCACCCACCAGCAUAUCCACACUGGGGAACGGCCCUACACGUGUGGGAAAUGUGGGAAGAGCUUCAGUGAGAGCUCCAGCCUCUGCACCCACCAGUGCAUCCACACCGGGGAACGGCCCUACAAGUGCUUGGAAUGUGGGAAGAGGUUUCAGACCAGCUCACAUCUCCUCAGGCAUGAGCGGACACACACGGAUGAGAGGCCCUUCCGCUGCACUGACUGCGGGAAGGGCUUCAAGCAGAACUGCAACCUCAUCACCCACCGGCGCAUCCACACCGGGGAGAGGCCCUACAAGUGUGGGGAGUGUGGGAAGAGCUUCACCCAGAACUCUUCCUUCACUAAACACCAACGGACCCACCAGUAAGGGAAGCCCUACCAGUGCCCCGACUGCGGGAAGAGCUUCGGCCGUAGGACUGACACACAAAAAAUGUUUCAAAAGGUCUUUGGGAUUUUGAGUAUCUGCACUCCAACAUCAGUUUAUUCUUUUGAAUAUGUGUAAGUUUAAUCUCAUUUUAGUCUGAAAGCCAAAUUCACCACUACCCCGUUUCCUGAUAACCGUGGGCUGAUUCUGACAAGUGAGGCAGAAAUUACCCACUGCCCAGCAAAAACCAGUGGGGCCAGCCAGUGGUCUCUGCCCUGGCAGCCCAGUUUCCCCGGUCUCAUCUCAAAAUGACCAGUUACACUGAAGCAAAGAGCACUGGAACCAGUGCAACAAGCCCCAGUCUGACUUUCACACCUGCCCACGUGUCCUGUUUUCUGCUGCUCUACAGACUUCCUUGUUUAAAAUACAAUGGAAAAAUGAACAGUUUUUGGGGUUGUU